GACGUCGGACGAGGAUCCGACAGUUCUCCGGCGUUCGUGCUGCGUCGGUGGUCGCUGACGCGUGUAGACUCUCUCAGAUAAAGAAGGAAGAAAAUCUUCUUUGCCUAGCUAAUUAUUAUUAUUUUUUUUUAAUUUAUCCACCAAUCAGCGGCCAUGUGUCGUGCUGUCAUGUCUGCGCUGAGCUUGCUGCUGGUUCUGGUCGCGGCUGUCGGUCCAGGCGGCGCCAUCAGGUGCUACACGUGCUCGUCGGACCGCGACGUGCACUGCGCCGACCCGCUGGACCGCAGCCGCGUGCAGCCGGUCGAGUGCAACAUGGAGGGCGUGCAGCGCGCCGUGGACUCGCUCACCGCCACGCUGCAGGGCGUCAGCGACCGCAUCGGCACGCAGCUCUUCCCGCACGGCGACGUGCCGCACGAGGUGCCCAUGGUGUGCCAGAAGAUCGACCUCGUGGGUCCCGACGGCAGGAACCACACGGCGCGCCUGUGCUCGCUCAAGGACCUCCAGCACGGCGACCUGUGCCAGGACUUCCAGAGCCGCAUCUCGCCGCAGAUGGUGACCUACUGCGGCGUGUGCGAGGACGACGGCUGCAACGGCGCCGGCGGGCCCCCGCCCCCGGCGCGCUGGCUGGCCGCCGCCCUGCUCCCCCCGGCGGCGGCGGCCCUGCUCCGCCGCGGCUAGGAGCCCUUCCCCCCUCUACCCACCCUGCAGACCGCCGAGACGAUGUUCCGUCGGUGUCGCGGAAAGAGACACGCCUCGGCACAACCAACAAGAGAGAGAUCUUCCGCGAACCUGCGGCCCGAACUCACACACUACCAACAAAUAGUAGUCUCCGAAAACCACCCAUGCUAACCAAGUAUGCGCAUUAAAAAAACACUGUAAAAAAUUGAUUGUAAUACUGUUACAAGGAAAGUCCGUGGAAACUCAGUUGCCGACGACGUCAGUUGUAGUUUUACAAGUGAUAUCGUUGGUAGCUGUGUAUCCAAGGAUUUUAUUUUUUUUUGUAAAAGUUGAGAAACCCUGGCAACGCUUCUACUUUUGGUGAGGAGAUUUUGCCGUGGGAAAAAAAAAAGAAACGCAUAAUUUAUUUUGGAAAACACUUCGGCCAAUACAUUUACUGCAAGAAUUUGUUUCGCAGAUUUGCCAUGUUAAUAAUGUAAGAGAUAAAGAAUGGUGAAGAUAUUUCCAAAGAAACAGUGGUUUCACCUCUAUAUUUGGUAAAGAUAUUUUGCAUUAAAAAAGUCAUUUCGUAUAACUAACGGGAGAAUUCAUUGGAAAGCUGCGGCCAAAACAUGCACUGAAAGAAAUGCGUUUUUAAAAUGAUUUUUGCAAUGGGUAACGCUAAAAUUUUAUUUAAAACAUUAUGUUGGACAUAAGCCAUUGCUUAUUGUCUUGAAAGGAUAAAGUACGAAAAAUUUAUGAGUACAGGAACACACAUUUUGGCUUGUUUUUCUGUGUGUGCGUUUAUGAAUUAAUCUUUUGUUUGUCCUUUUGUUAGGGUUUCCUUAUGACAUACAGUGUACACUAGCAAUGUCAAAUGUUCAACAUAACGUUUUAAAUCACUGCAAAAAAUUGUUUGAAAUUUACCAUACAAAUAAUGCCUGUGCUUAAUUAUAAAUUACGAAUGGUAAAGAUAUUCCCAAAUAAACCAUGGUAUAUAUUCUUUAUUUGGUAUUUGGUGAUGAGAAAGUUAAAUUCAUGGUAAAUGUACCAUACCUGUUUGUUUGUUAAACGUACCAGCUACAAUAUUUUUUCAAGUGUCAGACUUCACAAUGUAGAAGAAACAGAUUUAUAUAUAUAUAACAAAUCUUUUUUUCACCUUCUUCCUAAUAAGUUUGUGGUUACCCCAUAAAAAAUAGGGUUUUUUUUUCAUUGCGACGUGAAACACCUCAGGAUAGUCUUUGGCCGAGCGAAAACGAGUGGGUGAAUGGGGAGGUUUUUAAAAAUAAAGUACCAGGCCUAUGUACAACAUUAUAUUUUUCAUGCCUUGAGCAUGGAAAAAAUAAAGUUGCUGCCAAAACGCUCGAAGUUUAGUGGGUUCGUGGGUUUGAGACUCAUUCAGAUCGGCUAUGCGCCGCAGACGUUUCGGUCCGUAAUUGUAUCUGGCAUCAUGAGUGUGGCAGUCAUCUUGGAGACGUGCGACUACUAGAACUAAAACUCCGACGCGUCUAAAACCCACAAGUAGAGGUAACUUGGGCGUGAACAAAACUAGUAUCUUUAGAUUCAUAUUUUUAAAUACCACAUCUAACGUAAGAUAAACUUUCUAUCAGUACAGAAUUAUAAAUUGUAGGUUCUUUACCUAUAUUUUAAACUCUAAUUUUGAAUCAGUAAAAUCUGCAGUGUUUCGGUGGAGAUUGCUGUACUUGAUUCAGUAUAACUCAUGCCAUCGUUAUUAUAGUUGAUUACUAACCAGGGAUAAAUAUAUAUAAACAUAUAAAUUUAAUUUUCUUUAGUAACCAUUAGUUUGUAGUGUUUUUACAUACGUCACUUUCUUUGAUACCAAAUUGUAGUUUAAAACUUAUAGUUUUUUAUUGAUACCAAGUUAUUGUCUGUUACUUCCUUGUAAAUGUUUAUAAAUAAUAAAUAGUUGUUGCAUAAUCAUGUGUAAAUAUUUAAACAAUUCUAAAUUAACGUGUCAUGAACAAUACUAACAUAAUUUUUUGACUGUGAAU